UGACCCCAUUGACCCUAAUAUGGCGAAAAACAGAAAUGCAUAAAUUAAAGAGUUCACAGAAAGACAAAGUAAGGCAGUUCAUAGCCUUUACACAGACUGGAGAGAAGUCAGCGAUCACUUGUCUGUCCGCUUUCGAUUGGAAACUGGAUGUAGCAGUUGACAACUUUUUUCAAAAUCCAGACCGCUACAGUUGUGAUUCCAGGGCAACCGUGGACAGAAAAAGACUGGAACAACUAUGGACAAGAUACAAGGAUCCAAAUGAAGAUGACAAAAUGACAGUGGAUGGUGUGAUGAAAUUCCUAGAAGAUCUCAAUCUCAGUCCAGAGUCAAGAACAGUCCUCCUCAUUGCAUGGAAGUUUAAGGCAGCUACUCAAUGUGAAUUCACUAAAGAGGAGUUUAUCACAGGAAUGGCUGAUCUCGGAUGUGAUAGUGUAGAAAAACUUAAAAACAAAUGUCCCGGUCUGGAGCAGGAAAUACGAGAUCAAAACAAGUUUAAAGACUUCUACCAAUUUACAUUUAAUUAUGCCAAAAAUCCAGGACAAAAGGGUCUAGAUUUGGAAAUGGCUAUAGCAUAUUGGAAUAUAGUUUUAUCAGGAAGAUUUAAAUUCUUAAAACUUUGGAGUGACUUUUUGACGGAACACCACAAACGAUCCAUCCCAAAGGACACGUGGAACCUCCUUCUGGACUUCUGUACAAUGAUAAAUGAGGAUAUGACGAACUAUGACGAAGAAGGAGCAUGGCCUGUGCUCAUCGAUGAGUUUGUAGAAUAUGCAAAACCUUUGAUUCAGGGACCUCGCAGUACAACUGUAUGAUAGUGAUUGCCAUUUUUAAACGUGUGAACUAUUUAAAUUUUACUUUCUGUAUGAAAAUGUACAGAAAAACAGCAGUGAAAGAGUAUGAGAGGAUUGCAUUUCAAUUUGACCUUUCAACUACGAACAAAAAGAUGUUAGGCCAUUGUAAUAUUUAACUGUUGUCAACGUUUAUCCACGAGGGGGGGCAAAACAUUUUUUUAUUUUGUGUAAUACUAGACAGGGAAAUUUUGUUAUUGUUACUGUUUGUUACCGAGAUGCAUGUAUUCUAACUAAACUACUUGUAAUUUAUUUUAUGAAAAAGGGAUAUCAAAAAGGAAAAAGUUGCAUCCAUUUGCAAUAUUAGCACUUUCAUGUUAUAAACUCUAGUUCUGGAUAUUCCUGUCUUAAUCUAUGUCACACAUUUCUAAACUUCUGUCAUGUUUGCAUUUAGUAUUCUACCAGUAAAUAAUACUGUUUUUUCGCUCUACUAACGAUUUGAUCAUCAUACAUUGUAAGGUAAAAUGAUAAAUAAAGUUAUAGCUUUAAUGUUUUUGAGACAGUUCACUUGUUGAUAGAAAAAAAGGUGGCAAUAUAAGUGAACAUGAAAUGAACAUUAACAAUUAGAAAAUAACCUAUUUGAAAGAUGUUAAUGAGUGACUGGACCGAGUGUCAUUGAUGUUCCUUCACAUAGGAAACUCCUCAAGAUUUUAUGAAGGAAAAAAAUAACUGUUAUGAAGGAAAACAAAUUUUUGAUGAUCACUUGUGGUUUUUAGAUAGAAAAAAAUUGUUGAUGUUAAGGGACAUUAAUGAAAUUAUGGCCAGUUAUACAUCCUCAUUUUCUGUAGCAUCCUUUUGAUAUAUCAAAAUUACUAUUAACCUCUGAGUCUGAGGUGCUGACAUCCAUCAAAAAGAGAAACGUUAUAACAUAUGGUUAUAAUUUUUGCAAUUUGAGAUACCAUCUCCUGUUAUGAGACAAGAUCAGGGUUAUAUUUGGCUUUAAUCUCAUACAAAUACUGAUUUUAUUUAUCUUAAGGGUGUAUGUUACGUAAGAGUUAUCGUCCAAUAUGUGAAAUUCAAAUUUUCGUUAUUUGCCUGGAAGACAUUUUCAUUGCACACAUUUCCCCAAAGUUUUUGUUGAUUGAACUAUUUUUAAAAAGAGUUUAAUAUCACAGGAAAAUAUAAGAUCCUUAACUCUGUGUCACAGUUGGGUAACAUACAACCUUAAUUCUCCUUGUCACCAUAAUUUAGCAUACAGUCUUAAGGAGAUGCUCAUCAGCUCUAGACUUAAAACAAAAAUGGUUACUUUGAAUCCCUGUUGUGGAUAGAAUAUUAUUUGUCAGAAUUAGUUUGAGUUUCAUUUUUGUUUAAAAAACCAUGCAUACUAAUUUUGAAAAUAUAAAAAUUCACACUCAGUUUCAUAGCCAUCGUCAGUGUUCAUCCAUCAGAAACUGUACAGUAGCCAUCCAAUUUUUGAAGCAUUUCAUUGUUACAUUAUAUUUGUAUAGAAACAAAGUACUGUUACAGUAUAUUGGAAAUUGUCAUAGAUACUUAUAUGUGUGGAUUUCUUUUUGCGGAAUGAUUAUUGAUAUGUUGGUACAAUGGUAUUAUUUGUUUCAGAGUACCAACAUUUGGUAUGUUAUCUUCUCCAAUAUGUAAAAUAUAUUUCAUGGUUAGAUAUACAUGUAUAUAUACUUUCAUGCUGGUUUGCUCAAUGCAAAUAUAUACUGGUAAGCAGAUAUUUUUGCAUUCUGAAAUUAUCCGUUUCAAUAGCCUAAAUUGUCCCUGUGACAUUUCACUAAGGUUACUGUGUUCUAUAUGUACCUCUAAAACAGGAGUGUUUCAGGUUAACCUGUACCUCUUAGAUGAGGAGAGUUCCAGAUUAAUCUGUACCUCUAAGACAGGAGAGUUCCAGGCUACUAAUCAGUCUUGUUGCAUUAGUGUGUUGGGUUUAACAUUUUGUAAGGUUUGACUUCUUUAUAAACCUUGAAAUCUGUACAGGGUUGAACUUGUGAAGAACAUUUUUUUCUGAUGUGAAUGAUAAGUCCCUAGCAAAUAUGAUGUUAUUAUGUCACACUUUUAGAAAGGGAUUAGGGUUAUACUGUAAAGUACAAAGGUAUCUUCAUUUGAGGGGAAUGGGCAUUAAUCACAACUACUAGUACGAUCAUGGUAAACAGGAUAGGUUAUCGCUGACCUUGGCAAAUUUCAAUUAUUUAACUGAUUGCAAUUUAUUAUCCAGAUGUGAAAUAAGAUCUGAAAACAUUCCAUACUUACCAAGAAUGAAAGAAAAAAAAAGUUAUAGAAAUUAUAGCAGAAAAAUAGAUUCAGACUGGGUCCAUUAUGAUAAUAAUGUAGGCUUCAUAUAGUUGGAUAUAUAUUAAGUUGUCUUGGUAUUAGAUUAAAGGUAUGAUUUAGGAAACAUUUAUUGAUCGAACUCAUCCAGGAAAGGUAAAAUCUGAAACCCUUUGAUUUGAAUAUAUGUUCGACUGCAACACACAGAUAAACUUUUUGCUGCUGGUUAGCUUAAAGUCCAUCAGGUUAAAAUUUUGAAGUUCAGGAAUGCAAUUCAAUUGCUUUGUAAUAUUGUAUUAUUAUUAUGCUUAAAAUAUAAGUUUUUGUGCAUUGCAACAAGAACUGAAUAAUUAUAUGUAUGGAAAACUGGCAAAAAAAAAUUCCAAAGUUUCAAACAGACCAGGCAGUGGAAACCACUUUUUGCAUUUGGUGAUAAUUAAAUGAACAGGUAUUUUCGUAAACAUAAUGUGAAAAUUGUACAAAAUUGAUAAUUACUGUUUCAAUAAAAGCAUCACUUGAAGCACUCUGUGACUAUUCAUCAGUAUGACAAAUGUAAUGACACUGUGUGUUGUCAGAGCCUAUAUCCAUACUACAGCUAAAUCAUAGAGGUGUCAGAAGUGUUGGGUCUGAUUGAAGACUUCGGUGGUGGAGGAGUGUUUCACACAACAAUAGGAAAUAAAAUUAUGUUUUUUAGCAGAGAAACUUUUGUAUAUAUCAAAUUAAAAAACAAUAUUUUAUGCUAAACAAACUUUAAGCAGUUAUAGCAAACUUAACUGCAGUUGGUCACUGAAAUAGUUCCAAUGAUAGAUUCUAGACUAUCAAUGCAUUUCAGUACAGAAAUACUGAAUGAAACAGAAAUGUCUUGAGUGGACGAAUUCUUCAUGGAAUGUAAUUUAAUUGUUUACAUGUUGAUAUAAUGGUAUUUGAAUAUCAACUGCUAAAAACUGGAGUAAAUUUGAUAGAUAUAUAUAUAUAUUCUACCAUAACUUAAAAAAAAUUGUCCAUGAUUCGACAUUAUAUAAAAAGGAAUGUGCUUCAGGAUAGUAAUGUUUUCAACUUAAUUACAAGGUAAAUGUAGUUACUAAAUUGAAUACUUCCAUAUAUGUACAUAAUCUAAUGGCAAAAUCCUAUUCUGUCCUUAUCAAAAUAAACAUGUACUUAAUCCUUAUUAAUUCAAUAAUUUGGGGAGGUAACAUGUACAGGAAUUGGGGAUAAACGUGAUCAUGACUAAGAGGAAAUUUCCCAAUAUCGCUUUAACACCGUCAUUUAGCAAAAAAAUGUCUUCCUCUUACAUACUACUUCUGGUUGGUUUUUUCUUGCUCAUGUUAUUCACCUUAAAAAUUGUCAAGAUUUAAAAAAAAAAAUACAAGUCUGUAGCAGUUUGGAGAAAGCUGAGAUAACUGUUGAAAGAGUUUAGGGCUGGGAUGGUGUGUAAAAUUCCUCUUUGAUAUGACAUUAAGUCUUAAUUUUGCAAACAAGGAAGUUUUAAUAUGAUGCUGUAUUAAAAUAUUUUGUGUAUUACCAGUACUACAAAAUAAACGUCUUUAUAUAUGAAAUUCUAA